CAGCCUGACAGAAAGCCGUUACAGGAGGCGCAAACGGGACGAGCAUCACAGAACCGCCAAACAAGCUGCAAAAAAAGAAAAACAGAUUCGCUCCUAAGUUUAAGAAAACCGGCGGAUGAGAGCGUGCGUAACAGGCCGUCAGCGGAGUCGCCUCAAAGUUUGGGUCGAUGAGUGGAGUUCGUGGAGCUUCGGGCACGCGCUCCGGAGGCGCUGAGACGCACUGACUGCCCGUUUGAAGGCGUUCCGCCUUGGUUCCGCUUUAAUGACUUCAGACUGAGGACUUUUGCCUGAGUGCACAGGUGUCGUGAUUUUCACGCCGAAGACAUGGGUCACCGAGGUCUCAGUCAGUGUUUUUGUUGAUCCCACGAGUUAAUUUUCUCCCUCGGUGCCGCUCAGAGAGAAGAAAGAGUCCUUGUUUCGUCGUCCAAGCGUUACACGGACCUGAGGUGAGCCUCUGAUGCGCACGGCCGCCAUGUCCCAGCGUUGGAGCGGAUUUUACGCACGUCUCGGGGAAAAACGGAGCUGAAAAAGGUCCAGUGUGUGAGCUUGAUGUACAUUUCCAGCUCAGUGAAGAGCGCCUUGUAAGCGGACGCAAACAGCGGGAGACUCUGCGUUCACAGGUUCCAUUCAUGGAGCUUCCUAAAUACCUGUUGCUCCUGGGCUGCGUCCUCCUCCUUAAAGAGUUGUGCCAGUGCUUCAACAUCGACGUCAAGCAUCCGCGCGUCUUCGCCGGCCCGGAGGACGCGCUGUUCGGAUUCUCCGUCCUGCAGCACGAGGCGCACGGGGAGAAGUCGCUGCUGGUCGGAGCUCCCUGGGACGGAACGCCCAGCAACCGGAAAGGGGACGUCUAUAAGUGCGUGGUGGGCGACGAGCGGAGCUCCAACUGCAGCAAAGUGGAUCUGGGUGAGACCGCGCUCCAGAACGUCUCCAAGAACCUGAGGAACUCCCACCUGGGAAUGACCCUGGCUCCGGCCUCGCCUGACGGCUUCCUGGCGUGCGCACCGCUGUGGUCUCAGGAGUGCGGCACGUCCAUGUUCAGCACCGGCAUCUGUGCCUCCGUCAGCGACGACCUAGAGCCCAGAGACACCAUCGCCCCGACAGCACAGAGGUGCUCCACCUACAUGGACAUCGUGAUCGUGCUGGACGGCUCCAACAGCAUCUACCCCUGGUACGAGGUCCAGAACUUCCUCAGCAACAUCCUCAGCAAGUUCCACAUCAGCUCCGACCAGAUGCAGGUCGGCAUCCUGCAGUACGGCGAGGUCGCCGUCCACGAGUGGUCCCUGAAGGACCACCAGACCACACGGGACGUGGUGGAGGCGGCCAAGAACAUCAGCCGGCAGGAGGGACGGGAGACGCGCACGGCCUACGCCAUCCACACGGCCUGCACCGAGGCGUUCAGCGUGGAGCGCGGGGCGAGGGACGGCGCCACCAAGGUGAUGAUCGUGGUGACGGACGGGGAGUCACACGAUGGCGACGAGCUGCAAGACGCUCUGCAGCAGUGCGAGGACAGGAACAUCACCAGAUACGCCAUCGCUGUUUUGGGUCAUUACAUCCGCCGGCAGCAGGACCCUGAAACAUUCAUCAACGAGAUCAAGUAUAUUGCUAGUGAUCCGGACGAUAAAUACUUUUUCAAUGUGACUGAUGAAGCUGCACUCAAUGACAUCGUGGACGCCCUGGGAGACCGCAUCUUUACUCUGGAAGGCACUCUGGGCUACAACGAGAGCUCCUUCCACAUGGAGAUGUCUCAGAUCGGCUUCUCCACGCACACGCUGGACGAUGGCGUCCUGUUCGGGAUGGUGGGCGCCUACGACUGGGACGGCGGCGUGCUGAAGGAGGGGCCCGGCGGCAGCAUCGCGCCGCCCAGAGAGGCGUUUGAAAGCGAGUUCCCACUGGAGCUGAAGAACCACGCUGCUUAUUUAGGUUACACCGUGUCGUCCGUGGUCGUCGGCGACUGGAGGAGGCUCUAUGUGGCCGGAGCGCCUCGCUUCAAGCACAAGGGCAAAGUCAUCCUGUUUGAGCUGAGCGACGACGGCGACGUCAAGAUCGCACAGGCCCUGAACGGAGAGCAGAUCGGCUCUUAUUACGGUAGUGAGGUGUGCGGGCUGGAUAUCGACCAGGACGGCAUCACCGAUGUGCUUCUGGUCGCGGCUCCAAUGUACCUGGGCUCAGGAAACAAGGAGGCUGGUAGAGUUUACAUCUACACUCUCAGCGGGGAGGAGGUGUUUGUGUCUAACGGCACCCUGACGUCAGCGGAGAGGCCCCAGGAUGCCAGGUUUGGUUACGCGCUGGCGGCUGCUCCCGACCUCAACCACGACGGCUUCGCCGACCUGCUGGUCGGAGCCCCGUUGGAGGACGAGCACCGGGGGGCGGUGUACGUGUACCACGGGCGCGGCAUCCACAUCGCCCGCCUGUACAAGCAGCGGAUUCCGGGCUCAUCCGUCUCGCCCUCCCUGCGCUACUUCGGCCGCAGCGUGAGCGCCCGGCUGGACCUGGACGGAGACGAGCUGGUGGAUUUGGCCGUGGGGGCUCUGGGCGGCGCCGUACUGCUCAGCUCCCGGAGCAUAGUCCAGAUCAACGUGAGCCUGUCCUUCCAGCCGCACUCCAUCAAUGUCAUACAGAAGACUUGCCAGAGGGGAGGCCGGGAGUCGGCCUGCCUCAACGCCACCGCCUGCUUCACAGCGGAGUCCCGCUCCCCCGGGUCCCACAGCAGCAGCUUCGAUCUGUGGGUGUCGGCCACGCUGGACGACAGGAAGCUGUCGGCCCGGGCCCUGUUCGACGACAGCUCCCACCGGCAGACGCAGCUGGCGGUGGGAGCCCAGGCGGGACGAACGCUCUGCUACAAGCUGCCCUUCCACGUCUACGACACGGCCGAUUACAUCCGUCCAAUCAGCUUCUCGCUGCAGUUCCGGAUCAACGACACGGAGCGCGGCCCGGUGCUGGAUGAAGGCUGGCCGACCACUGUCAAAAAAUCGAUCCAGUUCUUCAAAGACUGCGGCGAGGAUGACGUGUGCACCACAGAUCUGGUGCUGCAGGCUCACAUGGACAUAACUGGGACAAAGCAGAGGCCUUAUGUGAUCCGCAGCCCCCGGAGGCGUCUGUCAGUGGAGGUGCAGCUCCAGAACCGGCUGGAAAACGCCUACAACGCCAGCCUGACGCUGCACUACUCGCGCAACCUCCACUUCUCCAGUUUGAGCAGCAGGGACGAGGCCCACUUUAAGAUCGAGUGCACGGCGCUCGGGGCCACCAGCCGCUCGUGUAACGUCAGCUACCCGGUGUUUCGCUCCCAGUCAAAGGUCAACUUGAUGCUGGAGUUCGAGUUCAGCUGCACGACUCUGCACAGCCGGGUCCAGAUGAAGCUCAGCGCCGCGAGUGACAGCGUGGAAAGAGAGGCGACUCUGGGCGACAACAGCGUUCAGCUGCAGAGCUUUGUCCAGUACGAGCCGGACCUGUUUGUUAGCAGUGACUCUAAUCUGAACCGAUAUGAAGUCCACCCGACCCGGACGGCGUCGGAGGCGCUGGGACCAGAGUUCUACACACACCUCAGGGUGCAGAACCUCGGCUGUUACUCUGUGAGUAACCUGGAGCUGAGGCUGCAUCUGCCUUCUGUGGCUGCAGGCGACAGCGUCUUCAUGACUGUCACUGAGGUUUUCUCAUACAACGCCACAGGCGUGAACUGCAGCGUGCUGAGUGACCCGGCCCAGCUGAGGGCCCGGCAGAGGGACGUGCGCCCCUUCCAUCCCGAAGACAUGAUGCACAGCGACGUGCUGAACUGCAGCAGAUCCUGGUGCACCGAGGUUGUAUGCGACGUCCAGCAGCUCCUGAGAGGACAGGCCGCGCUCGUCCGCGUCAGCCGCAGGGUCCAUGAUGAUUUUUUUAGAAAAGCCAAAUAUAAGUCAGCGAGGAUAAUAGGUGCCUAUCGCCUCACAGCUCAGGAGACUAACCUCAUCACUCUGGGCUCAGGGACAGUAUGGAGGGAGACUGUACUGGAAGUUCUCAAGGGUCGAACUAUUCCUAUUUCCCUCUGGAUCUUGAUCGGCAGCAUCAUUGGAGGUUUACUGCUCCUGGCUCUUAUCAUUUUCAUACUGUGGAAGCUUGGGUUCUUCACGCGCAAACAGAGAUCAGAGGAUGAAAACCAUGAAGACUGAGCUCAAAUCUUGCUGCCGCUACAUUGGUCCCUUCCCGUGAGGACCACCACACGAGUCCACCGCCGUUCAGGAACAGACCUGGCCCUGGGAUAGGACUCGAGACACAGACGCAACAGAGACCUCUAGGACCAAAUGGGGCAUGGGGGAGGGGUCCAACAGAAAUGCACUACCCACUAUUUCUAGGGUCGGGAGCACUUAUGUAAAUAUUCCUUUUCUAAUUUUAAGUAAAAAAAAGUGUAUUAAACCACAUUACUUUUAUUUAAUAUACAGACGUCUUUAAGGUUUUACAUUUCAAACCAUCACUUUGCCCUGUGUUUGUCAUAAUUUGUUCUGUUUGAUAAAAAUAAGAGUUGAAAAGA